AUGGGAAGGAGGUCAUGUCCUGGUGCUUGCCUAGCCCAACGGAUGGUGGGUUUGACCUUAGGAUCUUUAAUACAGUGUUUCGAAUGGCAAAGGAUUAAUGAAAAGAAGGUUGAUUUAAAAGAGGGAUUCGGGAUCUCUAUGCCCAAAGCUGUGCCACUUGAGGCAAGGUGUAAAGCCCGCAAUGUUCUUCACCAGCUUCAACACACUGCAAUGCCUCGAGAACCAUAUGAAGACAGCACCACAGAUGUUACUUGGGAGUUGCCUAUGCCUGUUGUUCAACGACUACCUUCUCAAAGCAUCCGGUUUAGCGACGAUGAACAAUCUUUGCUUCUUUAG